AUGGAGAUGAGUGGACCCCCUCAGAACAAGCCAAGCAACACAGGAAGCGACCUGAGUGCAGGUGAACACAAGGAGAUGGGUGGGAGUAACUUCAUAGCUGGAGUCUUCAUCCAGGCCAUGAACAAGAAGAUGAGCAUCUAUGAUGCCAUGAUGAGGGGGCUGCUGACCCCAGGUACAGCCCUGGUGCUGCUGGAAGCCCAGGCUGCCUCCGGGUUCCUCACCGACCCCGUGAGGAACCAGAAGCUGUCGGUGACAGAGGCACUGGCUGCAGGACUCAUCGGGAGAGAUUUUUAUGACAAGCUGCUGUCGGCGGAAGGAGCCGUGAGGGGCUACACCGAGCCCUACACCGGGCUCAAGAUCUCCCUCUUCCAGGCCAUGAAGAAGGAGUUCAUUGUGAGGGAACACGCCAUCCGCCUGCUGGAGGCCCAGAUCGCCACGGGCGGCAUCAUCGACCCCCAGCUCAGCCACCGUGUCCCCGUGGAAGUCGCCUACCAGAGGGGCUACUUCGACCAGGAGAUGUGCCAGUUUCUUUCUAACCCCAAGAACCAAACGAGAAGCUGCUUCGACCCCAACCCCCACGAGAACCUCACGUACCUGCAGCUGCUGCGCCGCUGCGUGCCCGACCCGGACACGGGGCUGCUGAUGCUGCACGUGCUGGACCAGGGCUCGGUGCUUCACCAGCUCAACAAGGAGGCCCGCAAAGCCCUGCAGGCCGCCCGCACCACCCUCAGCGUGGGGCUCUUCCAGGGCCAGAGCGUCACCGUCUGGGAGCUCCUCUUCUCCCGCUACGUCCCCGACCACCAGAGAGAGGAGCUGCUGAGGAGAUACAAGGCAGGGACGGUGUCCAUCCCGGAGAUGAUCACCAUCCUCACCACCAUCAUCACCGGGGCAGAGAUGGAGCACGGGGACCUGGGCUCACCCACAGGGACACCCAACAGUGAGGUGGAAGCACCUCAAGCUGUUCAGGUUAUGCACGCCCAGGAGCAACAGUUGAGGAAGUCCUUGAAGUCUGCAACCAUCCAUGUCACUGCUGGCGAGUUCCAGGGGCAAAACGUUUCCCUGCUGGAUCUGCUCUUCUCCAGGCACAUCCCCCAGGGGAGGCGGCAGGAGCUGCUGGAGCUGUACAGGGCAGGGAUACUGACCACGGAAGAGGUGGCUGCUGUGGUCACCACCAGCAUCAACAGAGCAGGCGUGGCAAAUGCCACCCUCACGGCCCAUGCCAGAGGUCCACACAUGGUGGGGACAGGGGCAGAGGAAACUGGAGAUGAAUUUUCAACACAAGAUGCACGACUAGAUAACAUCUUGAAAUCCACCACCACGGAGGUGUCAGCUGGUGAGUUCCAGGGGAGACAGGUCUCUGUGUGGGACCUGCUCUUCUCCAGCUACAUCCCCGAGGAGAAAAGACAGGAGCUCCUGGACAUGUUCCAUGAAAGGCUAUUAACUCUGGAGCAGAUGACAACAGUUGUCACCACUCUCGUUAAGAAAAAAGAAUCUACGGGCAGGAAAUUCCUAAUUACAGUCAAGGCUUCCAACAAGGACACAGUGUCAGCAGCAGGAGAGAAGGAAGAUGACUCCUCUAAAGAAGAAACAUGGGAAACAGCCCUGAAAAACACAACUGUUGAGAUGGAUGUUGGAAAGUUCCGGGGCCACAAGGUCUCUGUCUGGGACCUGCUCCACUCCAAGUACAUCCCCAAGGAGACCAGAAAGGAGCUGCUGGAGCUGUACCAGGCAGGAGAGCUGACCCUGGAGCAGGUGAAGACCGUGGUCACCACCAUUGUCACCAAGGCAGAAGCAGCAAAGAACAAGCAGUUGGCAGAUGAAAGCCCAGGAGCAGAGGAGACAGUUCUUGAAGCUGAGCACACCCACCUGCAGGACAGGACCUGGGAGGAGACCCUGAGGUCCACCACGGUCGAGAUGUCUGUGGGAGAGUUCCAGGGGAGACAGAAAAAAGAGUCUACAGGCAGAAACCUCCUAAUUACAGUCAAAGCUUCCAACAAGGACACAGUGUCAGCAGCAGGAGAGAAGGAAGAUGACUCCUCCAAAGAAGAAACAUGGGAAACAGCCCUGAAAAACACGACUGUUGAGAUGGAUGUUGGAAAGUUCCGGGGCCACAAGGUCUCUGUCUGGGACCUGCUCCACUCCAAGUACAUCCCCAAGGAGACCAGAAAGGAGCUGCUGGAGCUGUACCAGGCAGGAGAGCUGACCCUGGAGCAGGUGAAGACCGUGGUCACCACCAUUGUCACCAAGGCAGAAGCAGCAAAGAACAAGCAGUUGGCAGAUGAAAGCCCAGGAGCAGAGGAGACAGUUCUUGAAGCUGAGCACACCCACCUGCAGGACAGGACCUGGGAGGAGACCCUGAGGUCCACCACGGCCGAGAUGUCCAUGGGAGAGUUCCAGGGGAGACAGGUCUCUGUGUGGGACCUGCUCUUCUCCAGCUACAUCCCCGAGGAGAAAAGACAGGAGCUCCUGGACAUGUUCCAUGAAAGGCUAUUAACUCUGGAGCAGAUGACAACAGUUGUCACCACUCUCGUUAAGAAAAAAGAAUCUACGGGCAGGAAAUUCCUAAUUACAGUCAAGGCUUCCAACAAGGACACAGUGUCAGCAGCAGGAGAGAAGGAAGAUGACUCCUCUAAAGAAGAAACAUGGGAAACAGCCCUGAAAAACACAACUGUUGAGAUGGAUGUUGGAAAGUUCCGGGGCCACAAGGUCUCUGUCUGGGACCUGCUCCACUCCAAGUACAUCCCCAGGUGA